AUGUCUCGAGUGCAAUUAUUAGAACUGCUCUCGCGCCGCGGAUUUGAUGCAUUGGCAUCUACCGAUGAUCCUUUUCACAAACUAGUGGAUUUAUACUACCAUCAUAUUAUGCCGAUACCGCAACACGAAGAAACGUCUGAGAAGAGUAGUUCUUCGCGGGAACUAAAUGGAACUACGACACCUCCGGAAACGCGGCUUGAGGACUUGGUCAUCACUAGUGAUCCACGACGUUUUACUCCGGGAUACUCCACCUCGGAGGCAAAUCACACUGAACGUGUGCUGACCGUACGAAAACCCAAGGGUCUUACCAAUGGUAAUCCAAAUCAUAUCCAGAGUAGUUGUUCAAGUACCACAGAGAAAGAAAUGUCAGGAACCAAAUGUCGCGCCGAUACUCAGUAUCAAUCCUCAGCCGAUACUGCCGAUUCGGAGUCGGUAUCAAAGAAACGUGUCCAGCUAAAACGAGAUUUCACCAAUCUGGUUUAA